GUGGAGAUGUUGGAUCUACAGGGCCAGAUGUUACUGAAUCAGGUGGAGAGGUUGGAUCUACAGGGCCAGAUGUUAAUGAACCAGGUGGAGAGGUUGGAUCAACAGGCCCAGAUGUUACUGAAUCAGGUGGAGCGGUUGGAUCAACAGGGCCAGAUGUUACUGAACCAGGUGGAGAAGUUGGAUCUACAGGGCCAGAUGUUACUGAACCAGGUGGAGAAGUUGGAUCAACAGGGCCAGAUGUUAAUGAAUCAGGUGGAGAUGUUGAAUCAACAGGGCCAGAUGUUAAUGAAUCAGGUGGAGAUGUUGAAUCAACAGGGCCAGAUGUUCCUGAACCAGGUGGCGAUGUCGGAUCAACAGCGCCAGAUGUUACUGAACCAGGUGGAGAAGUUGGAUCUACAGGGCCAGAUGUUACUGAACCAGGUGGAGAUGUUGAAUCUACAGGGGCAGAUGUUAAUGAACCAGGUGGAGAUGUCGGAUCAGCAGGGCCAGAUGUUACUGAUCCGGGUGGAGAGGUGGAAUCAACAGGACCAGAUGUUACUGAAUCAGGUGGAGAGGUUGGAUCUACAGGACCAGAUGUUAAUGAACCAGGUGGAGAAGUUGGAUCUACAGGGCCAGAUGUUACUGAACUAGGUGGAGAGGUUGGA